AUGACGGGUGCACUUAGUCAGCAGAUGUGCUGGACCUGGCACACCAGAGACGCCGCUACCGUGCGAGGGCCCUUUCCAGGGUCGAGCACGGCACUCGCGACACUCUCUGAACCCGCCCUAAAAGAGGAGGAGGAGGAGGAGGAGGAGGAGGAGGAGGAGGAGGAGGAGGAGGAGGAGGAGGGGG